GUCGAAAGGGGCGGUGUUGCCGCCGCACAGAAAGCGCUGACAGAAAAGGAGCAUGAGUUGGUCGAAAGUAAACAGCGCGAGGCGGCAAGCACCGCUGAGUGCAGCAUGGCUCAGGAGCUCGCGCGCGAGAGCACCGAGGCGCUAAAGGAGGAGAAGGCUAAGAGAGCAGAGGCAGAGCGGUUGCGGACGGCGCUAGGGUGUUUUUUGGUUCUGGCGGGGUUCUUCGGAGCGUUCGAUGUGAUUUUAUUGGCUCGAGCGAUUUUCCAUCUGGAAGAUCCAGGGCACUUUUCGAAAUUUUUUCCUAUAGGAAAUUUGACCGAUUGGCACCCCUAUCUGGAGUAUACCCUUUUCGCAUUACAGUCGACUCCGCUUUAAGGAAAUAUAUGGUUUUUCUUCGAAAAAUGUUUCCUUAACGCGGGGGGGAAGUUCCCUUAAACUUCAGGGGAUCAGAACGCACCAUCCCCGGGGUCAAUGGUGGCGGUACAUACGUCAAAAGGUGCGCCCUGGGCAGGGCAUUGUUGGAAUAAAAAAAGAGGCUGGGAGUCGGCGAGAAAAUAAUUGUUUAUUGCUGAACACCACCACACAGCACGGAAAAUACCUGAUGGACACUUCAAAUUCACCUGGUGACUCUUGUUUACAACACAGGGGGAGCGCACGCAGAAACUCUCCUGCGUUACUCUCUACUGGAGCGCCAUGCAGACACAUGCACACAAUUCGGCGUAUGGCCGACAAACCGCAAACACUCAACGCUACGACUUCCUCCACAUAUCGCGAAGAGUUGCCUGCAGCUCCCCCCCCUCCUUGGACCUGCCCUUGACUUGUGUUUCAUGCGUGGACGAAUGCGCCGUUUUCGAAAGGAGGUGCUGGGUUUCGCGGUAUUCGCCAUCCUUUCCAUUGGCNGCACACAAUACGGCGUAUGGCCGACAAACCGCAAACACUCAACGCUACGACUUCCUCCACAUAUCGCGAAGAGUUGCCUGCAGCUCCCCCCCCUCCUUGGACCUGCCCUUGACUUGUGUUUCAUGCGUGGACGAAUGCGCCGUUUUCGAAAGGAGGUGCUGGGUUUCGCGGUAUUCGCCAUCCUUUCCAUUGGCGUACAAGUAGGAGCGAACACUCUCCAAGCUAGCGCGGACCUGAGCCUCUGUGAUCGAAGAUGUAAUACACGAGGCUGGCCUAUCCCCGCCAUCUUCGCCGUCAGAAGAGGCAUCAACCUCCAAGUUUGCCAUGUUCUGCUCCACAAUCUCCAGUUCCAGAGCUACCUCGUCUUCCAACACGCUGGGGUCAUCCUCUACGGAAAGCCACGUCUUAAUUGCCUUUCGCACUUCUACAUCAGUGAGGCCCGAGUUCUUCUCGACAAACAAAUU